UCCAAGGAAUAGCUCACUUCGUCAUCGAGGUCUCUUAUCAGCCAAACCGCGCUUAGAUAAAACCAGGUAAAAGGUACAUACUGUAUGUAGUACCAACAUCACCGCCCAAACCAGACCUUCCAGACCACCUAACCGCCAACCCACGAACCCACGAAAACACCAUACCAACACCAUCCACCGUGGCGAACUUCAUCUGGUCGAAGCUGCCUCCCUCCUCGCCCACUAUGGCAACGGAAGAGAUGGUUUCCCAACCCCGCCAUCCAGUACUAACUCCGCAAUUCUGCUUCUCCAUCGCCGCCCUGCGAGAUUUCAUCCGCAUCUCACGCUCCUCAAUCGACGACUCCAUAACCCAGAACCUCAACGCCCUCGCCACCCCCGCCGCCCGCGGCUUCGACGUAACCUCCACCUCCCACCGCACCCCCUCCGGCGCCUGCACGCUCGACCCCCGCGCCUGCACCUCUUUCAAGUCCGAGAUUCUAUUCCCAGCAUGGCAGGCGCGGUCCGACGUGCUUCAGUACUGCGGGCAUGUAGCGGUGUCGCCGGACCCGGAUGAUCCGGGGCUUGUGGCGAGGCAGCUUGAGGAGGAGAGGGGGAAGGCGAGGGUGAUUGAUGAUAGGCUUGAUCCUUAUUCGUCGAGGUUCUUUCCGAGGGAGAGUAGGACGGAGGAGUUGGCGAGGGUCGUGAGGAUGGAGAGUGGGGUGGAGAGGAUUGUGAGGGCGAGGACUUGGGAGGUUGUGGAGGAGAGGUGUGAGGGGGGGAAGGGGAGGGGUUGGGAGGAGGCGUUGAGGGAGUGGGAGAGUGGGAAGAAGAGGGGGGGAGUGAGGGCGUGUAGGAGGGAAGGGGGGGGGGAUGUGUAA